CUAUUGAUAGUUCAGGUCGAUCGCUUCAGGCUCAAGUUAUCUAUAAAUUGCUUACUUUUAUGUGAAUUCUCGUGACGUAGCCCGUGCGCUUUUUAAAAUUAUUUGUGCAAGAAAAAUUUUAAACUCGUGGACGACCCGAUAUCGAUUUCUAACCGGCCGGGAUGGAGAAGUUCGAGUGCAAGCCAGAGCCGGUGGAAAGGAAGGAGAAGCCGGUGGAGGAGCUAAUGGACUGGGAUGCCUACUACAAGAACCGCGGAUUGGUCAGCACCCGAUUGGGCAGCAGCAAAGCGGACUAUAUGCACUGCUCCACGUACCAGGAGAAGGGUAAUGCCCAGGAGAAGGACAAGAAGGGAAAGGGAGCGUGCUGCUGCUCCUCCUGUCCGGUUCGGAACCGGGAAGAGGUAUACCAGCCCAGGUGCCCGGCUCCCGGCCAGAAGGGCAAGCCCAACAGGGAUUACAUGCGCUGCUUUGCCGCCAAACUGAUAGUUCAGAAGCUCAACAUGCCCGGUAGGGAUUUCGAGUGCCAGGAUAAGCUGCAGGUCAAGGCAAACGUCUGCCGCGGGUGCAAGAUCUGCCUCGGUUACAGCAGCAUCAAUGUCAACUGUCUUCCACUGAACCCGGACAAGACAUUCCAGAUGGAAGCCGAGUGCCUGCAGAGGCAGCUGGCCGAAGGCAUAAACAUUUCCGUGGUCUACCUGCGCAAGGAGAUCGCACGAGGCUGCUACUUUCCACCCGCGGCGGUGGUCAGUCGCAUGAUCAACGAUUUUGACGAGAUCGUGCACGACGCGAAUGUGGAGCUGACCUGCAAGGGAUGCACCGUCGGCAUAAUGAACAUCCGCUUCGCCAUGCAGAUGCGCUGCCAGACCCUCAAAGAAGAUGCAGUCGAUGGACGAUUGGCGGGCGGCCAGGAGCGGGGGUGUUUUCCGAACAUGAAUGUGGAUCUCCAGGACCUCUCCUUCAUGUCCACCUCUUCUAUUGAUCCGUGUGUGGGUUUCAUGCCCAGUGAUACGGAGGUAGCGCAGGAUUCCCCUUCUUGCAGUGACGAUAAGCCCCAGGAUUUUGUUCAAUGUCAGGAUUCCCCACCUCGCCUGAUCGACAUGGCUGGUCCUUAUCCCGUGUACUCCUGUCCCAACGUGGACGACGGUUGUGUGUCCUUCGAGCCUCCGGCGGGUCCUGCCACUCAGUUCUCCUCCUGCCAAAAGAACGUUCUAGGUGAGGGAAAUGCGAACCGCCUGUGCCAGAAGCAUUCCUCGCCAAAACUGCGACAGAUGCACAUCAGCAACACCCGAUCCUGCGUCCUUUGCGGUGAGGAUGUCUCCUGGUUACCCAAGGUUUCCGCCUGUCCUUGCUGUGGCUAUAAACCAGUGCCGGAGUUCAAGGAGCGACCCUACGACGAGCAGGCCACUGCCCAACAGAUUCUGCUGGACCAUCUGGAAAAUCCCGUGGAGAAUCUCAGCUUUGAUAUGGGAUCGGUCGAAGGCUGUUCGGCCGAUGAAGAACAUGGUGUUCCUGAACCCACCUCGGAGGCCUUUGAAGCAAUAGUGAAGGACUACCAGCUUCUGAGGCGCAGCAUUCGCGAGUCCAACGGCAAAGCCACCCAGUCGGCCACCAAAAAUCCCACUGCUCAAGAAGGUCCACCCCAGCCGCAAGAUUUGGCCAAGGUGUUUACGGAGCUGAGGGAUCUGUUCAAUGUUAAAGCCGCGGAUGAGAACCAGAAGAUCCAGGACAUCUGUGCGGAGGCCUGUGUCCUUGCGAAGUCGCACAAAAAGAGCAAAAAUCGUCCUGCAUCGCCGGAAAGGACAAAGGCUGGCAAGGCGGAGCCUGUGGAGGAUGCCUGCGAAACACCGCGGAAGACGAAGAAGCGUCGCCCGAAGGUCAAACGUCCCUAUAAGUCGAGGUACUACUCAAUGUAUCGCCCCACGGAGAGGCCCAAGGAAAAUGUGGCUAGCCCGGAUGCAGGCAAAAAAGUUCCCAGCCACAUGGGUUGGCUGUGGACCGCUCAUCCACUAGCCAACAAGCCCGGCUGGCGACCCGGAGCCAUUCGACGCUCCAUUCGCGGUCUAAUGAGUUACUUCCUUAAGGACUUUCCCGUGGAUAACAUUCCGGUGUCAAAGUACAUGUCGUACUAUAAGCAUAAGAUGUUGUCGCAGUCUCCACCGGGUGAGAAGGCGGAGGACUUGGUGCAGGUUCCCACGCUGCACAUAGAAAAGAAGAACGAUGUUUACACCAUUACCCUGCGUCCUCUCAAGGAUGCCAAGACGCUCGCUCGCUCUGCCAAUCCCUACGUGAAAAUGAAGCCCGUUCAAUUCCGGAUCGUGAAGAACCCGCUGCUAAAGGAAAUUCGAGACUUGAAGCGCUGCCUCAAGGGAAUGGGAUUCAGCAAGUGCUCUUGCCACAAACCCCUGAUGGCCUGCUACUGCCGCAGUUUCGUGGACAAAAAGCGGCUGCUGUUCCACGUCCGGAGGGAGUGCGAGCGCCGGAAGAUAGAUUCCUGCGAGGAUGAACUCGUUCUAACGGACACCUCCGACAGCGAGGAUGAGUUCGACUUCGGGGUCACUCCGCCGGCGGGCUUAAUGCGUCCUGAGCGACUGAAGAGCUCCCAUGUGAAGCACACCGAGACGCAGUACAACGAGAGUGACUGGGUCAAUCCGAGCCUAUAUCCCCAUAUGCCCGACGCCACUGUCCAGUACGAGAGCUGUGUGAUGGGUGAGCGGGAGAAGCCUUUCAAUUGGAUCUACGGAAAGGGCGUCAUCCAGGAGGAGCCCAAGCCGCCCAAGAUGAGGAACAUUCCAAAGAAGCCCAAGAAGAAGAAGCCGGUCCCCGGUCGCGUUGCUGGUGGUUUCUCGGGACAGGAUCAGCAGGAUUCCUGUAUCUACAGCCGAGUCAACAACACCACCAUCCAAACUAGGGACCGGGUGAUAAGGCCCAAAUGUAGUCCUCCGAACUACAGCACCGACUCGGAACUUCCACUGACUGGCGACCACAUGCGCCUCCUGGAUCAGGCCGCCUAUCCACCCACAGCUCCUCAGCGCCAGCAGCCUUGGUCCCGGGAAAUGGCCAAUGAGCGGAAGCGGCAGAAGGUUAAGCGGAGAACGAAGAAGAUGGUCCGGUUCGACCCCACCCUCGGACCGCACUCCUCCGACAGUUCCAUCCACUGAUUUCAUCAAUCAGGGUCGCCUAUGCAUUCACAUCGCACCCCCAUAUCAUCAUACCAUUUUAGCCUAGCCAUGUUCCGUUUACAACCGACAACAACCGCUUAAAAUUAUAAGUUUUAACAAAAUUACAA